UUGUAUAUAACGUUUCCAUUUUCUCAAUUUCCAGACGAAGCCUUGACCUGCAACGUGUGCGACCGAUCCUUCUCCACGCGCCGAGCGCUGAGCGACCACCAACAGAAGAAGCGACAUUUCGGUUGCGGCGCGUGCGACAGCCUGUUCCCGUCGCUCAUGUCUCUGGAGCACCACAAGGAGGAGUUCUCUCACUGGAGCGACUCGUGCUACACUAGCUCCGACUCCGAGCAGGACUCGCGCCACGAGGACCGUCACCGGCUGCUAUAA